GUGACUUUAGCAGCCUCUUGUCAUAUGACUUGUUUGUGCAACCAUGGCGUCCAACCCGGCAGUGAAUUUAUUCUGCUGUUUUCCGCUUGUUUUAACAAUUAGCUGUUUUUUGUUCAAUAAUUUUGCGCCGACUGGAGCUGAAAUACAAACGGCGGUUAUUGAUAAAAACACGGGGCAGCUUUCACUCAUUGUUGGGUAUCGAGAAGAUUUUGUGGCCUGGGCAAACUUUACCGACAACAUCCAGACAACAGGGUGGGCUUCCUUGGACAUCACAACAAGCAGUCAAUAUAAUGACAGUAUACAGGCAUACGCUGCUGGAGCCGUGGAGGCUGCAGUCACAUCUCAGCUUAUCUACAAACACUGGAUGAACACGCUUAUGGGUUACUGUGGGCCCUUCUCGAGAGAUGCCGGUUACUGUGACCGCCUCAAGACUUUUAUCACUAUCAACCUGCAGUGGGUUCAGGAGCAAAUUGAGAAGCAACCAAAUUCACCUUACUGGUACCAGGUUCGCCUUGCUCUGCUACAGCUGAAAGGUUUGGAGGACAGUUACAACGAUCAACUGUCAUUUCCCUCUGGCCCGAUAUCCAUCAACCCAUUUGGUUUUCUACUCUUCCAAAUGGGUGGAGAUCUGGAAGACUUGGAAUCGGCUCUCAACAAAUCCAGCUUGACUCGACCACUGGGAUCCGGCUCCUGCUCUGCUCUCAUUAAGCUUCUUCCAAACAAUAAGGAUCUGCUGGUGUCACAUGACACCUGGAAUGGCUACCAAUCCAUGCUGCGCAUCAUGAAGAAAUACAACUUUGCCUUCAGUGUUUCCCCCAUGGAUAAUCUUCUUCUUCCUGGAAGGGUCCAGGCAUUCUCAUCCUACCCUGGAUCAAUUUUCUCUGGAGAUGACUUCUACAUCCUUAGUAGUGGCUUGGUUACCCUGGAAACUACCAUUGGCAACAGCAACCCUGCUCUGUGGAAGUUUGUUCAACCCACAGAUACGGUGAUGGAAUGGCUCAGAAACAUUGUGGCUAAUCGCCUAGCAGUGACGGGUAAAGCCUGGGCGGAGCUAUUCAGCAAGUACAAUAGUGGCACGUACAACAAUCAGUGGAUGAUUGUGGAUUAUAAUAACUUCUCUCCAGGCAAGACUGACAUAAUGGAGGACCUCUUUGUUGUAUUGGAACAAAUUCCGGGACACAUUGUUUUUACCGAUAAAACAGAAGAGUUAUUGCAAAAAGGAUACUGGGCAAGUUAUAACAUACCGUACUACGAGGAGAUAUUCAAUGCGAGCGGCUGCAAUGAGCUUGUGAAAAAGUUUGGCUCGUGGUUCUCCCUGGACCAAAAUCCCCGGGCUAAGAUAUUCAGAAGAGAUCAGAAUAAGGUUACAGAUGUUGCCUCAAUGAUGCGCCUCAUGAGAUAUAAUAACUUCAAAGAAGACCCCCUGUCACUGUGCCAAGGCUGUAAUCCACCUGAGAAUGGAGAAAAUGCCAUCUCAGCCCGCUCUGACCUGAAUCCGGCCAAUGGCACCUACCCAUUUGGAGCUUUAAGACAGAGAUCCCAUGGAGGAACAGACAUGAAGAUGACCUCCUAUGGGAUGUUUCAUCGCUAUGAAAUGCUGGCUGUGAGUGGGCCAACAUGGGACCAGGUACCACCCUUCCAAUGGAGCACUUCUCCAUACAAAGACCUGCUGCACAUGGGCCACCCUGACCUUUGGAUGUUUAAGCCUAUUAAAGUCACCUGGACGUCUUGAUUGCAGUAAUGUCUUAAGUAACAGUGCUGGAAUGGAAGUUCACUUAACAUUUUGACAAAGGGACAUACUUUCAGGAUUUUCAGUAGUAGUCUGUUUUGCACUAUUAUAUUAAUGAAGGCACAGAAUGGAGUUUGGAAUAUAAGGGACAUUAUGAAAAACUUAAUUUACAGUCUUUUUAUUGCACACUGAUUUAUUUCUGAUCAUGUUUUAUUUUAUCUAAAAUCUACGAGGUACAAAUCUUCCGCAGUUAAGUUAAAUCAUUGAUGUGAUUGUGGUAGACUGCAUCUUGGAAUUAUGAAAACUUUUGUAAAUAAAUGCCAUGAUCGUUGCCUU